AAACCUGUAACUGUAAAAUAAAUGGAGUGGAGUUGAAAAUACAUUUCCCUCUUAAAUGUACUGGAGUGUAAGUAUUAAGUAGCAUCAAAUGGAAAUACUCAAGUGAAAUGUAAGUAUACCUCAAAAUUGUAUAUUUCUACCUCCAGGAGAUUCUUUCCAUUAUGAGUAUCAUGUUGAUGAUCAAUGAAAAUAAAUGUCACACACACACGCACACACACAUGGAUAUAUAACCGAGCGGCAGGUGCCAGCAUAACACACUCUGAGCCUUUAGCGCAGGUAUGCAGGUUUGCGUUUACAACCGUCUAAAGUGUGCCACAGUCGGAGUGUGCUGCUGUAGCUGUGAGGGUUCAGUAUUACGGCUGAAGUCCUCUUGGUGACGCUCUGCUGACAUCACUCUGAUAUUCCCCACUCAGCUCUCCGCAUCAGACACACGGAGCUCUUCCGACUCUCUCACACUCCGUCCACACUUUGUUUCCAUUCCGCUCCUCUCGCCCUGGCAAAGACGCACCAUCACACACAAGCUGCCGCGGGCUACCUGUGCGCACUGCGGCCGGCCCCUUCUUCCUGUCAGUGACAGAUUCAAAGGAAGACACAGAGAGAAACUAAACACGGUGCUGCUUGAGGAGAGAGGACAGACGCGCAGAGUCAGGGGGAAAGAGAAGCCGCAACUUGGCUGAUUUCAACCCAGGCGGUCUGAACUGAACUCGAAGUUUCUUGGCUCAUCGGAGAAGGAAUAAUUCGGAGCCCGGCUGCCCCACACAGCGCUGUUGUGGAUAUUUACGUCCACCUUGUCUCCUGUUUAGAAGAAUGGCGAGAGAUUACGCAGCACGCUGUCCGGUCUCUCCGGUGAGAAACGCUUGGCUGGUGGCGGCAGCGAUCCUCCUCGCAGCCCAAGGUAUCGGGGCUCAGAAAGUCCGAGUCGACGAGGAGCUGGAGGCGUAUCCCACAGAGUCUGUUAAACUCACCUGCGAAUUUAUCGAUGGAGGCGGCCGGACCAAACUCACACAGGUGUCUUGGAUAUGGGAACCUAUCGACGGUCAGAGGGAUAACAUCGCUGUAUACCAUCCUAUCUAUGGACACAGCUUCCCCAACCCGUCCUUCAAGGACCGAGUUGUAUUCCUCCACGACAGUCUUCAGAACCCGUCAAUUCGGAUUUCUAACCUGAAAAUGUCCGAUGCCGGCCGGUACACCUGCGAGUACGCCACCUAUCCUUCUGGAAACGAGCAAGGGACGACCACCCUCAUCAUGCUUGCCAAGCCCAGGAACUCAGCCAACGCUGUGACCGUCCAGGCUGGGACCAAGUCGGUGGUGGUGGCCCAGUGCGAGGCAGCGGAAGGCAAACCGGCAGCUACCAUCAAGUGGUUGGCAUCGGUUGGAGGCAACCACUCGACCAGCACCACGAACGGGCCGGACGGCACGGUGACAGUACGCAGCGAGUAUCGGCUGGUUCCCACGCCGGCAGAUAACGACAGGGAGGUGACCUGCAUGGUCGACCAGAGGACACUGGGGCAGCCGUGGGUUAAGACUUUCAAGCUCUCAGUGGAAUACCCCCCCUCUGUAUCCAUAGAGGGUUACGACAACAACUGGUACGUCGGCCGUUCAGACGCCGUGCUGGUCUGCCUCGCCACCGGCAACCCCAAGCCCACCACCUUCACUUGGACUGCGGCGUCUGGUGCUCUACCAGACACGGUGGAGGUUAACGGUGAGAAGUUGACAGUGAAGAAGGUGGACGACGCCGUCAACACUACUUUCAUCUGCGAGGUCAAGAACAAGCACGGGGCCAGCAGGCACCAGAUCACCACCAUCGUCAUCGAAGCCCUGGAGGAUCCGUCCAGUGCCGGCGUCGUGGCGGGUGCCGUGAUCGGCUCCCUCCUGGCCCUACUAUUGGUUGUGGCGCUCAUUGCAGUUCUCCUGACCCGAAGUCGCCGGCAGCAGAGACGUGGCUACCCCAGCAGCGGGGACUCCAUAGCAACUGGCAGCGGGGGCAGCAAUGGAGGAGACUACGGCAACAAAGCCCGCCUGCUCUUCAGCGGGACCAGCAACAGCAGCAGUAAGAACGGGACGGGCGCCAACAACAACGGGCCCAUCUACACAUAUCGUGAGGGCUGCGACGCCACAGGCACUCUAACGGAAAAGGCCAACGACUACCACCACCAUCACCUCCACCACCCCUCAAUCGGCAACCCCCCGUCUGCCCACGACAUCCUCCUUAGUGGCGAUGUAGAUGAAGCCGAGAGGAGGAAGUUCGACCUGGAUGACAGCAUGGAGGAAGAAUACGACCGGUUCGGAGGUGGAAACAUGCUACCUCCAGCUUAUCACGUCCACAGAGGCCAUGGCGGCGAAGAAGAAAUGGACGUGUACCUCGACGACGACAUGGAGUCUCAGAGAGACGGCUCCGUCAUUUCCCGAACUGCCAUUUAUGUCUGAGGGUGGAGGAGGGGAAAGGAAAGGUGAGGGCUGAAAAAGUGAAAGGAGAUGCGGAAAAGGGGAGUUCAAGCCAGCCUUCUUCGACAUCGCCUCCAACAGCUAAACACCUCCCUGCAUCACGUUCAACCUGAUCAAAGAGAUGCCAUUAAUUACAUCCUCUCUGCUUGACACCAACUGUGUAAUUUUCUAAAAAGAGGAUUAAAAGAAAAAUGAUUAAAAAAGGAAACAGAAAGUCAGAAUGAAGUUUUUGUGAAGCUGAUGAAAGAAAACUCGAUGGCAGUGUAGUGGACUGUGGCUGAAUAUGUGACUGUGUGUAAUCGUGGAGGCAGAUUUCAUUCAGUGCCAGCCGAAUAUAACAAAAAAAUACUGCAAACAAAAACCACAGCAACUCUGAUGUGACGCUGCUUCUUGCUACGUUCUUGUUUCUUCAGCUUUGCUAGUGUGUGAUUGUGUUGAGUGACUACAUUGUAUUUUAUACCUUAGCAGAAAUCUGCAAAACCAGGAGCACCAUAACCACUAUUCAGAAAUCGCCUUGCUGUUUCAAAAUAUGUGUAUAAAAAAAAAUCACCAUCAACAUGUUGAACUCUGCACAAAACUGUCCAAACGGCUUCUGUGGAUGUUGCCGCUGUCACUGCAGACUCUUGGGACAGGUCUGAGACUUCACCCGAAUUGUUUUAAACUUAAAAACUUGUCGCAGUGGCAACAAUGAUGGAGUUUCUGUUCAUCGCAGUGACAACUUUUUGGGGGGGGGGUUACAGUGACUCGAGUUCCAGCCCCACCCUGUGACAUCAACUGGUUUCCUGAUGGGUGCUGCUGGAGCGAGGGGCCACUUAACUGAGUAACAUAACAGACUUAACAGUGCGUGCUAAUGUGUGGCUGGCUGUGGUGUUAAUGAUGUGCAUCAUCUAUAUAUUGGGCGCCGUCUCACUAUAGCACAGUUGUUGUUAUUGUUCUUGUUGUAGAUGUUGUUGUUGUUGUUGUUACUGUUGUGUAAUGGUGUUGAUCUCGCUAAGGAAAAGACGCACCGGGAGCCUUGGGGGUUUCACACAGUACCACAUUGGGUCGGUAAUGACUCAUUUAAUGGGUAAAAAAAAUAAAGAUGUGCUUUUUUUAUGUUUCCAGCUCUAUUUUCCCCCUUUUUCCCUUUAAAUCUCUUCUCACCUCCUAUAUUUCCCCUUUCUUUAUUUCCCUUUCCUCUGCCUUUCUUUUUCUCUCUCCAUCUCAUUUCCCUCUGUUCCACAUGCACCAUUUGGGUGUUUUGCUGAUGCUCUGUCCCACACACACAUUACAUCUCUCUCGCUCAUUCUGCUUUCUUUAUUUACAUAAUGGGCGGCUUAGACGAGUGCCGCAAUGGCUGUGUGCAGGGAGAAGGGGAUAACUCGUAUUUAUAUUCUUAUCUGGGUCGCAUUCAACAAGGCAAAAUAUUCACAGGCUUUGUCAGAGGCUGCUGUAUUUCAUGUAUUCAUUUUCCAUGUCCUGCAGAAUGUUCUUAGGCUAUGUACUGGAUUAUUCCAUGUUCUGUAUUCUGAUUGGACAGAAAGACACGGUCUAAGGCGCAUUUCAACAGAGAAAGUGAAACAUGCUUAAUGAAAUCCUAAAUUCCCAAACCUUUGUUUCUUGUACACAGCAAAUCUAAAGGUGACGCUGCAGCUUUUCUUAAAAUAAGUGGGAUUGUUUGUCUUGAACAUCAAGAGAGUUCACUGAAAACUGCAUUCAGGGUUCCCACAGACAUGAAAUUCCUGGAAAAGUUUGGGCAUGGUUUAUGAUUAACAGAUUGCUUUAGAAAAGUUUCGGAAUUCUCAUGGUUUUGGCUAUUGUUUAAAAUAUGUUCAUAAAAAUCCCAAAACAUGUCUAUUUUAUGUAGAAACAUGAUCAGUAUCACAUGAUACAGACAGAUCAGAUCAGCAUCGCAUCAUCACCAAGGCCACGCCCCCUUUUUGGAGGAAAGAAAUGCGCUGUCACAUCUGAAGAGAAACAGGAAAAUGCUGGAAAGCUGUUGCGCAGCAAGUUAAACAACUUCCACUGAGAUCUAGGGAACAUAAGAAAUUGAAUACUCACUGUCACUGUCAGUGUGGUAAAUGAACAAAUGAUGCUAGCGGCACUUGCUACUGUUUGAUGGCUAAUGGACAGUUGCAGUACAGUCAUACACUAUGGCAGCAUCAGACUGUCAUCUUCAAUUAAAUCUUAGCCUGUAGAUCAAACAGUUGGCUAUUAACAGGUUGGUUAUUCACAGACAACACCUUACCUAAUGAUUACUAUUAUCGUGAUCGGGACAUCUAUAAAUGAAAUAUUUGCCCAUUAUGUAGUGAGAGUGUCCAAAAUUAACUUUAAGACUCAUCAGCCAAGGGGACUGGUAGAUGAAAACAUAUUUGUUUUUACCAGCCAAAAUAUUAAAUUUGCUUUUGCGUCACACAUACAUUUGUUUCAGUACAUUUCAUUGUGAUAUAAGAUAUAUGAUGUCACAAACUGGGUCAGUGAAUGUGACAAGAAGGGAGUCCACACAAAAGAUCUACUUAAAACAAGCAGAAUUUAUUAAACCAAAAUUAACUGAGUAUGUAGGUCAGCAAAGUCAGUUAUGAAAGCCAUUCAAGGGUGUGUGUCAGGUGUGCUGUGGAGGUGUUGAAGGUACAAACCAAAAGCAGUGAUUCCCAGUGGAUGUCAGCUGAAGAAAGGGAGCGACUAAGUGAACACAAGCAGCUUUUAUAGCCUGGAAGCCCAUGUGAGCCUAAUCAUGGCAACGACCCUCCCAUGUCAGCCAACUGCCUGAUGAGGCUGGCUGGAUCAUUCUCAAAGACGGUGAGAGGGGCGUCACAAUGUUAAAUACAAGCUGGAAAAAAUGUCCAGAGCAAAAUCUGAAUCCAAAUGAUUUUAACAUAUUGAACAAAUCAUCGGUACAGCCUCAGCAUGUGCAUAAGUUACCUCUGGUAAGCAUGUCUUGUAAGUCAUGUCAACUUUAAGUAUAUAUCUAGGGCUUUUAUUGUGAAAGGUAAGAAUGGAAAAAGUGCGGCUAAGGUCCUGCCAUUGACAAUGAGGGAGGCAAUACAGACUUUUUAUUUUUUUAUUUAAUCUUAACCUUUCUCCCAGGGAGUCCUGGCCACCUUGGUUAAACUACGGGGUCUUCGUGUUAUUUCAAUACCCUCAUAAGUAUGGGUGCUGCAUUAACUAGCAGUUGUGGCAAGUGAGAGUUUAGAGAGUGAGAGCAGAUCAGCUUAUGUCACAUACAGUACACAGUACAGCAAACUAGGGGCGCUUGAGACGGUCAUUUCACAGCACUGUUUAAACAAGGUGUGUUUGUUUCUGUGUGUGGCACAGACAGCACAAUAGCGGUCUAGGAGUAGCAAAACCCAGUAGUGACUGUCGGCAUAAUUUUUCAUUACGUGACUAUUUUGGUACAAACACUUACCUGCCAGUGUUGCGGAUAGCCAUCUGAAAUUUACUCACCAAACGGAGAAUCUACCUGCAUUUGGUGCUUGGCAGGUCUUAAUUUUAGACCCUGCAUGAAGGUGAUCAAUAUUCCAAGGUAUCGCGGACGUGCAGGUUCAAGAAGGGUUGCAAAACUUUUAUUAGACAUGUCCAUAAACAAAUGUUAGUUUAAAGGAAAUGGCCACUUUAGAAUGAAAAUACAGACAGUACUUACUCACCCUCAUGCCGACAAGAAGUCCAGUGUAGUUUUUUUAUCCACAAAACUCGUUCGAAGUAUCGGAGGAUAACAGCUAGCCGGAAUAACAGCUACACUUGAAGUGCAUGGAACCCACAUUUUGAUAAUGUAAUAAAACUCCGCUAAUGCAUUUCAAAAACGUCAGAAUGACUUGUCCGUCGUAAUCCAAGUGCCCUGAAGCCACGGCAUGCAAAUUUGGAUUACGACGGACGAGCCGUUCUGACUUUUUGGAAAUGCAUUAGCGGAGUUUUAGUACAUUUUCAAAAUGAUUUUGGACGUGGGUUCCAUGCACUUAAAGUGUAUGGAAAAAUCGGGCUAGCUGUUAUCCUCCAAUACCCGGAACGAGUUUUGUGGGUUAAAAAACUACACUGGACUUAUCGUCGGCAUGAGGGUCAGUAAGUACUCUCUGUAUUUUCAUUCUAAAGUGGUCAUUUCCUUUAACAAGAAGAAAAUGCACACAAAUUUGUCAAAAUUAUAACACAAACACACGCUAAAUUGCAUCACAACCACGGGACCUUCGUUUAUUUAUCGUUAAAAAAGGGGGGCGUGGCCUUGAAGUUUUGCAAAGCACUGCUACGUGCCAGUCUGAUCUCUUGGCAUAUGCAGCUAGUUGGUUGUGGGAAUGUCAGCAAAUGCUGGCAGUUUGCUUAUCCACAAAUGCUUGGAAAAUGUGUGUGUAAUCAUGCAUGGCUAUGUUGCAAUAUAGGCAUACCCACUUUGUAUUUAGAUAAAGUCAUGGAAAUUAGGUAAAAUAUUAUGAAACAGUUGUGGAAAAGUUUUGAAAUUAUUCUGGUAAAAAUGUGUGGGAACCCUUUGCAUUGGAAGACUGCAAUUUCGAAUUUUCAUGAUUUGGAGACUGAAUGAUUUCUAAUGAAUUAACGGUGGAGAAUGGAUAGCACGAGUUGAGAACUGAGAUGAACACAUUUGCCUUAUUGACUCCCAGCUUUGUUACUCAUCAUGUUUUUUUUUUUGUUUAUUUGUUUUUUUACAAGGGCAGUUUCUCAAUUAACUGUUGAAUUAUAUCACUUGUCUUUUCUUUAACAUUGGGUGGGUUGUUAGGAGACAAAGAGAAGCUCUGGGAAAGAAAUCAUCACAGGCAAACCUCCUCCAAGAUGUAUGAAGAGCCUGUUAGAGUUAGAAAAAAAAGAGAUGUGAGCAAGGCCACAGUAACAGAGAAAUGAAAGAGGAGCAAACUAGACUGGUGCUGCAUGCUUCAGCAGCCAAACUGAGCACACCCUCUGCUUUUCAAGCUCACUAUGUCACAUCACAACCACACUUACUUACUGUAGACAUGAAGUGUUUGAUCGAGUAACUUCGGCGGCUGGAGUCACUUUGCAGGCGAGUGUACUGUGACUAAAAUACAACAGUGUAUUUACACUUUUACAUAAUGUUAGUUCAAGUAAUAUUUAUGAGAAAGGAUCUGAAAAGGGAAUCUUUAAUGAAUGUGAUGAUCUUCAACACUGGGAAGGUCACAUUUAGAGUGGGUAAACAGGCUUGUUGACCCCUAAAUGAUCUCAUACUUGUAUGAGAGUACCUUAGUCUCAUUUCAUUUACUCAUGCCUCAUUAUGAUGUAAGAAUAUUGUGACAAUGAUUAAGAUGCCAUUACUCAAAAUGAAUUCUAACUACUGUUCUGUGGGUUUGAGAUCUAAAAACAGACCCUUUGUCAUAAGAAAGCUGAGAUGUUUCAAAUUUAAAAUGCAAAAGUUGGUUUCAGCUCUACUCCCACCAAGUUCUAAGCAGGUCCCUUGUUGUUAAGUUGUUGUUGAACAUUAUACACUGUGCAAUCUGUUACUCUGUAAAUGAGACAGUUAUAUCUGCUAUGUUACAGUACAUUUCAGUGGAGACAUUCCAUAAUGUUUUGCAGUGUGUUUGGACAGGUUGCCAAUUAAUCUCAAAAGUAAGAAAGAAACAGCCAUACUGUAACUUCUGUUGCCUCACGUGUAGUAAGACUUGUUUAUUGUAUCACUGCAGUACAGUUAAAAUUAAAGUAUUGAAGUGUGUUUUCAACUCCGCUGGGUGCAUGCAUGCUCCAAGAUCCAGACGUUUAAACUCUGCAGAACAAACAAGAAACACGUUAUGCUGGAGUUUCAUCAUUUAGAUAAAAAUAUAUGAUGUAAUGUCUCCAGGUUACAAUUUGAACCCACAAUUUAAAGAUAGUUUAUGUUGUGUUUGAAACACUCCUUGCAUUUCCCAAAUGGAAAAUAUCCUCUUUCCUUACUGGAGUUUAAAAUGUUAAUGAUUUUCACCCCAAAAUAAAAUCCCCGACUUUUUAGAGUUUCAUCUCUCUCCAGCACAUUUACCCUCUAUUUGGCCAUUGUAUGCCUCAGCACAUCUUUUCUCCAGGGGAUUUCUUGCUGCGGCAUAAUUCUAAACAGUGGAGUGUGAUCACAACUUUGGCGCCUAAUUAGUCCCAGAAUCUUGUAGCGUGCAUGUAGCCUUAGUGAGAAAACUCAUCAACAGUCAUAACUUUUGUUUUUGCACAACCCAUUUUCAAUAAAAAAAAAACCUUUCUGAAACAA